ACAAGAUUGGUAAAAGCUGGAAAUGCUUCUGGUGGUAGGCAAAUAUGCAAAGGAGACAUGUCUCAGCAGAAACGUGAUAUGGGAGACCAGUGAGGAGGCUGCAGAAAUAGUUUAAUGACUGAGAACCUGGGACUUAAUGGUUCUCAGGAGACAGAUGUGACAGUUCUCUUGUGUGAUGUGUCCUCUCUGCUCUAAAACUGGACGUCACUGGUCACUAAAACCAGGACCAGUCAGCAUGUGGGAAGGGAGAUGGCCUGGUGCAGCCUUAGCUCGGAAGAAGGUUAGAAGAGGAAGGAGAACUCACUCCGUUUGAAAAGAUUCAGUCACUUUCCGUCACCUCAUACUCAGUAGUAGUAGGUAUCAUUGGUUUUCAAAUGCUCUCCUUACAUGAUUUUUGUUAAUCACUUAUUUAUAACAUCCAAAUAAAUGUCUACCACUCACGACAGAAAUGGCAUGUUAUUGAGAAGGAAGGCCUAACUACACUGGUAAUUUAAUUACAGAGCUCCAAAUUUAAUUAGCCAAGUACUAACCUAGUUCCUCUUCUUCAUAGCACUUAGCACAAUUAUACUUAAUUAAUCAUUUGUAAUUAUUAAUUCGAUCUCUGUGUCCCUAGUUAAAUCAGAAGAAUCAAGAAAGCAGGACCCACGUUUCUGUCUUUGCUGCUCACAGAUGCCUGGCCGGGCUCUGGGCUCACAGAGGGGCUUGGCCACACAGGGUUCAAGUCUCCGAGCUCCAUCUGGACUGAAGGGUGACUGAGGAUGUGACAGGGCUCCUUCCAGCGGCCACCAGGACUGGGUGGGCCCCCACAAGAAGCAUGAAAAGCAGCUGAAUCCAGGGUCAGGGCAGGAAUCGACUCUGGAAACCCACGGUUCCCUGUGGUUCUCAAGUGUCCGGUCACAGUGCUUUGCCCACUGCCACCCACACUGAAGAAUCCUCCUUUUCUCUCCUGUCCUCAGCUUUCCUUCCCUCCUCCUCUGCUUUUCUGCCUUUCUUCCUUAGUUUUUCUUUUUCUUUGCUUUCUUUUGUUCUUUCCUUUCAUCAUUCUUUUCUCUCUGCCUUUCCAUCUCCUUUGAUAGAUUAACUCCAUAUAACUGGAGCUGUGUGGGUCCUAAACAGAAAACGGUGGCAGAAACAGGGAUUUUGUCCUUCAGAAUCUCAGUUGAGUGUCAGAAACCAAAUGUCCCUUUCUCCGAGAGCUAAUUGCAUUCUCCCCUAACGACCUAGGUUGAAAAACCAAGGCUCAAUGUCCCCAUUCCAGCUCCAAUCCUAGUGCAGGACUUCAUCCAAGACUCCUAAAGGGAGCCCGUCACUUACUUCUUUCUAACUCUGCUCCUCCCUGCCAGCCUGACCGCCGGCUCCAUGGAGAGGGACAACAUGACCUGGGUGAGUGAGUUUGUCCUGAUGGGACUCUCCAGUGACAGGCAGACCCAGGCUGGACUCUUUGUCCUGUUUGGGGCCGCCUACCUGCUGACCCUGCUGGGCAAUGGGCUCAUCGUCCUCCUGAUCUGGCUGGACACACGACUCCACCUGCCCAUGUACUUCUUCCUCUGCCACCUCUCCGUGGUGGACAUCUGCUACACCUCCAGCUGGGUCCCCCAGAUGCUGGUGCACUUCCUCCGGGAGCAGAAGACCAUCUCGCUUGCCCGAUGUGGGGCCCAGCACUUCUUCUCCCUGGCCCUUGGGGGGACUGAGUUCCUGCUGCUGGCCGCCAUGGCCUACGACCGCUAUGUGGCCGUCUGUGACCCCCUGCGCUACACGGCCGUCAUGAGCCCAAGGCUCUGUGCGGCGUUGGCAGGUGUCUCUUGGCUGGUGGGCCUGGCUAAUUCCGCCGUGCAGACGGCACUCACCAUGCGCCUGCCCACCUGUGGGCACAACGUGCUGAACCACGUGGCCUGUGAGACCCUGGCACUGGUCAGGUUGGCCUGCGUGGACGUCACCCUCAACCAGAUGGCCAUAGUGGCCUCCAGCGUGGUGGUGCUGCUGCUGCCCUGCGGCCUGGUCUCGCUGUCCUACACCCACAUCGUGGCCGCCAUCCUGCGCAUGCGCUCCUCCCAGGGACGCCGCAAAGCGUUCGGGACCUGCGCCUCCCACCUCACUGUGGUCUCCAUGUCCUACGGGAUGGCCCUCUUUACACACAUACAGCCCCGCACCACAGACUCUGGCGAGGAGGACAAAGUGGUGGUGGUCUUCUACGCUGUGGUGACCCCCAUGUUGAACCCUCUCAUCUACAGUCUGCGCAACAAGGACGUGAAGGCUGCUCUGAGCCGAGUUCUGAUGAAGACUUCUGAAUUAAAACAUUAGAGUGUGGUUUUUGU